CCAGGAAACGAAACAGUAAAGAAACAGCGAUUGCACUUGAACAGUUGUUGCCAAAGCGAUGUCAUGUUCUUGGACUGGUCACCCCGGGGAUUGUAGUUACUCCUAUGGGUUCAAGCAGCAAUCAGCCUCAAGAAAUCGAAGAGGGCGAAGCUGGGUUUGCUCUGUUGUUUCCCAAAAUUGAUGGGGUGAAAAUUCAUACCUUCCAUUUUUCUAAAGACUUGAAGAACAGGGUCUUUGAUGAAAGUAAAUUUGCGGAAGCAGGUCUGAAGAACAACCCAGAUCUCCGUGUGGUUAUUCUGUUUGGCUACAACUUCUGGAAGUCUGGAGCGACUAGAUUUUUUCAUCAGAUCGUCAAUCCUUUGAAUGAGAAAAGUAUCAUCCUGGCUGGGGGACAGGUGGAGAGCUUUACAUCACUGACCUCUGAGAAUCACAGCGCCCAGCCCGGUGAUGCCUGCGGCGUGGUUGGGCUGGCUUUCAGCGGUCCCCAGAUCCAGAGCGCUACUGUUCUCUUAGACCAGGACGUAGCUGAUGAGAGGACAGCAGAAGCAGCCAUGCAGCGCCUCAAAGCAGCCAACAUCCCCGAGCACAACACCAUCGGGUUCAUGUUCGCCUGUGUUGGCAGAGGAUAUCGGCAUUAUAAAACCAAGAGGAAUAUGGAAGCCGAUGCGUUUAGGAAGUUUUUUCCACACAUUCCCCUCUUUGGCUUUUUUGGACAUGGGGAAAUAGGAUGUGAUCGAAUAGUUACUGGGAAUUUUGUAUUAAGAGAAUGUAAUGACAUAAAGGAUGCCCUGCUUCAUAGUUAUACUACCGUUAUGACUCUUAUUCAUCUUGGUUCAACUAAAGCAAACCAAGCGUAAAUAUGUUUUUAAUGCUUCAGUUAGCUGUUUGUUUCAUUCCAGAAAGCUGAGAAGUCUGGAAGAGUGGACAUCUUGCCAUCAAAGCCCUUUCCAAAACGUAAACAUCGUUUUGGUAAUACUGUCGAAUCCUGUAGCUGGAAUAGAGUUUAAUGUAAUAGCUGCGAGGAAGCUUUGCAUUUUGUGUAAUCCCCUGUACACAUCCGAAUUGCAGGUAAAUGAUACUUGAUGAAAUUCUGCAAUUGAAGAAAGCCUGUUUCUUCCAAAAUGAGAAUCGUUU